AUGUUUGGGUUGUGGCAGACGCCGGAGCAGACGAAGGCGAGGGAGACGAAGGCGAAGGAGGAAGCGCUUCUCUACGCUGCACGAGGUGGCAACUUGGCUGCCGUCAUCUCCUCUCUCAACGACCGCGUCAACAUUGAGUGCUACGACAGCAAUGGUUGGACGCCACUGCACAAAGCUGCUAUGUGUGAUCGUUUGGAGAUUGUCCGCUUUUUGCUUGAAAAAGGCGCCAACAUCGAAGCCAAAUCCACCUACCUCGACACGCCACUGCACUAUGCCUCGUACAACAAUCACGUGGAGAUCGUUCGUCUUCUCUUGGCUUACGGCGCCAACGUCAAUGCGACAACCAAGUGGAACCAAACGCCACUCAUGCUCGCUCAAGAACAAGGUCACGUCCAAGUCCAAGAGCUUUUGCAAACCGCCAUGCUUGCCAAGGCUCUGCGCGAAAAGCGCAUUCUGGACGCCAACAGUCUCCUCCAGCAAGAGGCGAUGAACGUCAACCAUCAGGAGCCGGACGGAACGACGUUGCUGCAUCUCGUACUAGCGAUGCAAGAUCUCAAGCUGCUUGAAACCAUGCUUGAAAACCCCAACCUUGCGAUCGACGCCACCGACUCGAGUGGGAGGACAGCACUCGCCAUCGCACUUGCUACACGCAACAUCGAGGCAGCGUACGCGCUCCUUCAGUCAAACGCGCAGCUUGACGCUGUGGACAAGGCCAUCGUGGCAGGAGUCUUGCGCCACGCAGCGUCGACCAACAACAAAGAGAUGGUGGCAGAGCUACUAAAGCACGGCGUGCACCCUGCGACAACCAACGAGAAUGGCGAGACGGCGCUUCACUUUGCGGCUGCGAACGGCUACAUUGCGAUCGUUCAAACGCUGCUCGAGAACGACGAGUCUCUGCUUGGUCUUUGCGACCAGAACGACGUCGCAAUGAAGGGCCACAAGUGCAUCGACGCCACCAACCAAGCCGGCGAAUCGCCCAUCUUCGUCGCUGCGGCUGUUGGCCACGCAGACGUUGUCGAAGCACUUGUACAAGCCAACGCCAAGCCCCACCGUGUUUCCAACGAUGGCUCGACGCUGUUGCACGCGGCCGCCGUCGGUGGCAACCCACGCGUUCUUGGAUUUGUCCUACCCUUGUGUCGUGAUGGCUUGGAGACACGUGACGAGAUGGGACGCACGCCCUUGUUUGUGGCGGCCGAGAAGGGCCACGUCGAUGCCGUCACGGCCUUUCUCGAAGCCAAAGCCAACAUCUUUGCUAUCAACAAGGUCGACAAGACGACCGUGCUCAUGGCGGCGACCACUAACCCCAAUGAAUCGGCUGUCGAGGCGAUUCUCAGCCACCUCGUGCCGACGUUGACCUUGAACGAUGCGUCAUACAAGGCAUUGACGGCGCAUCGCAAGGAGCUGGUCGCGGCCCAAGCGUAUCUCAACCAGCGCAACGCGGGACGCCAGACAGCCUUCGCCCUCGCGUCGGGCAAUGUCCUCGAUCGCUUGCCAACUCAAAUGGAGAUCUUUGCGGCCAAACGAUUGCGCGUGGACCAGGCCAUGCAGCGCAAGGAGGCAGCUUUGGCGACUGCGAUCUCGACCUGCGACUGGACGACGACCUCAGCGCUCUUGGUCGAUGGCGUCCCGGUCCGAACGAAUCUUGAUCGAGAGACACUUUUGGCGGCGAUCGCUACAGAAGACAAGCCGGAGCUCCUCCACUCGCUCGUGGCGAUGGCGGUUUACACGGAUGACGUCCUCCUGCUCCGAUCGGGGCUUCUCGCCACGCCCCUUUGUCACGAGACGCUUCAAAAGGCGCUUGCGGAUGCUGUUGCCAGCAACAAGACGCGCAUCGUGAUGGACCUGCUUCGCACUUUUCCGGACGCCGUGCACGGGACACCCUCGAAGGGGCCGUCGCCGCUGCAUUUCGCUGCUCAAGCUGGCUCGAUGGCUUUGCUCGGCAUGCUAGUGAGCAGUCCCCGCACCAACAUUGAUGCAGUCAACGAGGAGGGCUACACGGCGCUUGCAGUGGCCGUGCAAGCCAACCAAGUCGACGCAGCAUUGGUGCUCCUUAGCGUCGGCGCGAAUGUGUCGAUUUCGCUGCCGGAUGGCUCCUCGGUGCUUCACGUUGCUGCCAAGCUACCUAACGACGGUGAUGAUUGGACGUUGCUGCACGCCACUUUGAAGGCGCCGAGCCUCAACAUUGACCAAUUCGACACGGACGGGUGUACGGUGUUGGCCCGCGCCGUCCUCGCCGAGCGCGAGGACCUCGUAGUUCUCCUUGUCGAGGCCGGUGCGGAUGCCACGCUACCCAUGCGGAACGGACAAAGUUUGUCCAUUUUGGCGACGGCCGCCCAACGUCGGCACCAAGGCAUUGCGACGUACCUCAACGAACGAGUGUAUCCGGCAGCCGCCAAGGUUACGAUGGCUGCAAUCGUCCAGCACGAAGCGUUGGGCAAGGGUGGCAAUGGCCAAGUGUUUCGUGCGACGUACCAAGGCCGCGACGUCGCCCUCAAGGCGGCGAGUCGUAGCUCAGUCUACGCAGCACGUGCGAUGCGCGAAGAAAUGAUCAACACUGCAGCGUGUCGAUGCCCGCAUGUUGUACCGUUUUUGGCGGCCGUCGACCAUGCCUCAAACACGCCAAGGAUGGUCGUCGAGCUCAUGGACCUCGGUGACCUGCACGUGCAGCUGGCAAAGAAGCGCGAGGUCGAGUCCGUCGAGUUGCCCUUUACGAAGAUGCAAGUGGCGUGGGCGAUCGCGAAUGCCCUUCAAGUGAUCCACGGUCUUGGCAAGGUGCACCGCGACGUCAAGAGCUUGAACGUCUUUCUCUCAUCGAUCCAUGGCGUCAAGCUCGGCGACUUUGGCACGACCGAGACGCUUCGCACGCUCAUGACCGGUGACAAGGGCACGGUUCUUUGGACCGCACCCGAGGUGUUUCGCCAGCGCGGCUCGACGUAUGAAGAAGACCGCGCGUACGGGACGGCGGCCGACAUUUACUCGUUUGGCGUCGUCUUGUCCGAGUUGGCGUCAGGCAACGAGCCGUACGCCGAGCUCACAUGCGGCGUAAGGAGUAUCACCGACAAGGUGUGUGCGAACGAUCUUCGUCCGAGUCUCGGCCAAGCCUGCCCGCACUGGCUCCGCAAGCUCGCGACUGCAUGCUGGGCGAAAGAACCAUCGCGUCGCCCGACCGCCAAGCAGAUUAUCAAGUUUCUCGCCAAGCGCCUUGACGAUCCUGAUCUCGAUCACGCGUUUGACGACGAUGACGACGACCUCACGCCCGACGCGAUGAUGGCCGAUACGACCGAGAAGCCGCCCGCGGACGACCUCUUCUCGAUCAGCGAGGAGCCCUAAGCAAGUGACGUACGCAGUGACAACGUUUUUGCAUGGAAAAUACGCUACGAGUUUGAAUUCUGCA